GCCCGCGCGGCCCGUCAGGGCGAGAACGCCCCCGUGUUCAAGACCAUGCUCUGGAGGCUGAGCCCGAAGGGCGCCCUGGACAACCCAGACGACUGGGUCUGGAGGGACAUGUGGAUCGCCAAGAACGGCAACCUGUGCGUGCUCCGCAAGAAGACCGGGCAGAGCGAGGA